AUGGCAGACUCUUCCGUUCAAGAAGAUCUAGUAUGGAUUCAGCCUAUCCUGAACAAAGCCGGCUACAAAGCUGCGGUGGCCGAGAGUGAAGGCACACCAGUGCCAAAGUUCCACACUUGGUCCUUCCUCGAGAUGGCAAGCCUAGAAGCUGCAUUUGGGUCCGACCUAGCGCAUCACCUCGUGCACGAGGGGCUCAUCCAAGUGGAUUCCCCAGCACCUGCGCCUAGACAGUCUGCACCUCCGCCAAAUCGGGCUGCUGCUGCUGCUGUUCUGCCUGGCUACCCCAAGAUCAAUCCUGCACCCAAGGAGAACAAGAAGGAGGAGCCCAAGAAGCAGUCCAGGACUGAGAGGGCUCAGACCACCCUCUUUGGUGGUCAAUUUGCCUAG